CCCUGAGCUUUUACUUUAGUAAAAGGGUAGCUCUCCAUCCACUUACAGACUAAAUCAGCCUCAUCCUCUAUUCCAUUCCCAUUUCACCUCCCCUUCCUCACCUGCGUUUUGUUUAAGAGCACCUUUGCAUAUUCUUUGUGAUUAAGAUCGCAAAAACGUAACUUUAAUUGCAAUUUCGGGGCAGAAGCGGUUUCUGCUCACUGAUUGCUCGCGCAAGGAGCCCCCUUUUUCUUCUCUUAUCCUCCUUUCUGUCUCAUGGUGGUAUCCGAUGAAAGCUCCAAUUAUACUGACAUGGGCUUGCUUGUUUUCUUCUCAUUUGGCAUCUCCUGGUGCUUGUUCUUGCUGAAUGCGCUUGCUUUGUACUCUGCUUGUUUGUUUGAUGCGUGUUUGGGCGAGAGGGUUUUGCCAAUAAUUUAGAAUGGAGAGGAGAGAAAGCGAUCUUGUUCGAUGUGUACUUCGCUGUUUGGUUUUUUAUUUAGGGAUUUGCGGGAUUGCAGGAUUGGGGGCCUCUCCACCAGACAUAUCUCUAUAUCCUUACAACCAGAUGAUAUCGUCAGCUCCUCCAUAUUCUGAAAGAUCAAGAGGUAUCUAUGCACCAAGUCCACUGAUUGUUCCCAUAGGUCCAGUUGGAAAUGCUUCAGUCACACCAUCAUCAAGGUCUGAGGCUGUGUCCCCAAUCAUCCAGGAAAUAGUACCAUCAGUGCAGCUCACUCCCUCACCACUAACAGCAGUGUCUCCCCAAAUUCCUCAUCUAACUGGCUCUGUUCCAAACCCUCCAAGUAUGCUGCCACCAAAUCCCAUGGCUUCUGCUCCCAAUUUUCAUGCUGCAGCGCCGUUUAUAACCAGCUCUCCACCUGCUCCUGCUAAAGAACAUAAAUCACCAGGCUCAGUAUCUCCUCCUCAAGGAAGUCAAGCGCCCAAUAUUUUCCAUAAUCCUGGCCAUGAUCUCUCUCCUUCAAGUGUAAAUCCUCCAUCAACACAAGUAAGAAGUGGAACACCUAUAAGUGAAACUCCGGGAAAACCUUCUAAUGGUUCUCCGACAACAUUGCCACAUGCUGCAGCUCCUUCUCCAACAAUAGUUCCACUUAGUCCACCGGAUCUUCUUCCAAAUGUUCCAAGAAUAGCCCCAUCAAUGAUCCAUCCGCCUGGUGCAAAAGGCUCCAAUGGGCCUACGAUUUCCCCAGCGGCUUCUCCUUCCACAGGAAAAUCAAGCCAUUUGUCUCCUACCAACAAUUCCCAAUUCAAUGGAUCAACCCCUAUUAUUAGUCCUUCGCCACAUGAUUCAAAUUUUACACACGCUCCAUCCUCACAUCUCCAUCCUCCUGAAGGAAGAAUAACAAAGAGCCCUCAGCCUGCACCAGCUAUGUCAGUUCCUGGGCAUAAAGGUGGCAAAAGAGGAGGAACACCGGAAUCUGCUCCGUUUUCACUACCCCCUUCCCCUUCAGCUUCUUUACAUCCUCCCUCAACUUCAAACCAUCUUGCACCAACUCCCAAGGAUAAGAGUAAUCCCACCCUUCGCCCUGUUGUCUCUCCAGCACCUUUGCAUCAAUUUCCGCCAUUUCCAAGGAACAAGGGAAGGGCCACUCCUCCAAUCUAUAUUGGGGGCCCUGUGAUCUCUCCAGCUCUUGUGAAUCAUCCUCCAACUGAUGUUCCAAAGAAUGGGAGAAAGCAUAAUGCUUCUCCACCUAAUGUUGAAGGUCCUGAGGUCAAUCCAGGGCCUUCGCAGCCUCCAAUACCAUCAUGGAAUAAUAUGAGGCCUUUUGCUCCUUCACCUCAUGUUGAAGGUCCUAUUGUCAACCAUGCUCCUUUUCAUCCUCCCAUAGAGAUUCCAGAGAGACCUUACUUUCCUCCGGAUCAUGCUCCAAUUUCAUACCCAAAUGGACCAAUUUAUCAUCCUACACCUUCUCCUAGGUAUUUCAGGGGAAAGUCUCCAUCACAAUUGCCACAACCCAUUCGGUCCUUACCGCCUCCACCGCCAAAUUUGAAUUGUGGCCCUAUAACAUGCCAAGAACCACUUGCAAACCCCCUUCCAGGGGCACCUUGUACGUGUGUCCAGCCAAUUAAAGUAGGACUUCGUCUUGGUGUUGCAUUGUAUACAUUUUUCCCCUUGGUUUCUGAAUUUGCUCAAGAAAUAGCAUCUGGAAUUUUUGUGAAACAAAGUCAAGUACGCAUCAUGGGAGCAAAUGCUGCGUCUGAGGACACGGAGAAGGCUGUUGUCCUCAUUGACCUGGUUCCACUUGGAAAAGAAUUUGACUAUACAACAGCAUUUCUAACCUAUGAGAAAUUCUGGCAUAAGCAGGUGGCCAUACAGGCUUCAUAUUUUGGAGACUAUGAAGUAUUGUAUGUUCUCUAUCCGGGCCUUCCUCCAUCGCCGCCUACUGCACCUGCAUAUAUUAAUGUUGAAGGGGGAGCAUAUGGUAAUGCCAACAAUGCUAGGGGAAUUCGACCUCUUGGAGUCGAUGUGAGAAAGCAGAAUGGAAAACGGAAACCACGUGGAAGCCUGAUAACCGUAAUAGUUCUAUCAUCUGUAAUAUCUUUGGUUUUAAUUGUUGGAGCUGCAUGGUUUUUGUUUUUAAGGCACAGGGAGCAUUCAGAUUUGCCCGCACCAAGUUCUCAAUCUUUACAAACUCCUUUUGCAAAACUUUCAGCUGGUCGAGCUGUACCUGUGACCACUGGAAGUAGACCAAAUUCAACAUCAGCCUCCUUCAGCUCCAAUCUUGCGACGUACACCGGAUCAGCAAAGACCUUCAGUCUAGUCGAGAUAGAAAAAGCUACAAAUAAGUUUGAUGAUUCAAGAAUUGUUGGAGAAGGAGGUUUUGGGCGCGUUUACAAGGGAGUUCUUGAGGAUGGAACAAGAGUUGCAGUGAAGGUUCUCAAGAGAGAUGAUCAGCAAGGAGAACGGGAGUUCUUGGCUGAGGUUGAGAUGCUUGGCCGUUUACAUCACAGGAACCUGGUCAAGUUGAUAGGUAUAUGCACAGAGGAAAACACUCGCUGCCUUGUCUAUGAACUUAUACCAAAUGGUAGUGUGGAAUCACAUCUACAUGGUGUGGACAAGGAUAUUGCUCCACUUGACUGGAAUGCACGCAUGAAGAUUGCGCUCGGUGCAGCUCGAGGUUUAGCCUAUCUUCAUGAGGAUUCGAGUCCUCGGGUCAUUCAUCGGGACUUCAAAUCCAGCAACAUCUUAUUAGAACAUGAUUAUACACCCAAAGUUUCUGAUUUUGGCCUGGCCAGGGCUGCUUUGGAUGAACAAAAUGAGCACAUCUCAACAAGAGUUAUGGGAACUUUUGGCUAUGUGGCUCCCGAAUAUGCGAUGACAGGUCAUCUUCUGGUCAAGAGUGAUGUUUACAGCUACGGCGUCGUUCUUAUCGAGCUUCUGACUGGGAGGAAGCCUGUGGACAUGUUGCAACCACCUGGUCAGGAAAAUCUUGUUUCUUGGGCUCGUCCUCUCCUGACAAAGGUGGACGGAUUGGACAAAAUCAUCGAUCCAACUCUUGGCACCAAUUACCCUCAGGAUAGCAUUGCCAAGGUUGCAGCCAUUGCUUCUAUGUGCGUCGAGCCUGAAGUGUCCUACCGUCCGUUCAUGGGUGAGGUGGUUCAGGCCUUGAAAUUGGUAUGCAAUGAGAGUGAUGAGUUCAGGCAUUCAGAAAGCUGCAGCAAUGAAGGAUCCUCUGCAGUAGACACAGACACCAGAAUCAAUAUUGGUUUAUGUCAAGGACCAGAGAGAGGAAUAUCUCAAUCAGAUCUGUUUUAUCCAUCUGCAGGUUAUGGAGAGGGUGCUUCAGGUUUGUUUCAAAUAAAUUCAAGCUCUGGUCCUCUUAGGACAGGUAGAAGCAGACAUUUUUUUCAGAGAAUUAGAGAGUUAGCAUCAAGGAGUGCGAGCGAGCAUCGAUUUGUGCACAGAUUUCGAAGUAGAUCAGAGCAUCGUGAAGGAUGGCCUUAGCAGUUCUUGUAAUUGAUUUGAUCAAUGGGUCUUUGAUUCUAGUUUGAAGCACUUGGAAGCAGAUCUGUGCUAUGAUUUAUGAGAAGAUUAGGAGUUCACUGUGUUUGGAAUAGAAUGAGCUCUUAGAAUAUGGUAUCUUGGCUUUGAAUGUGAAGUUGAAGUUCAUGAGCGACAACUGGUCCAUUUUUUCACAUUGCAAGGAAAACAAAAACGAAAGUGUACAUUUGAUUGUGGAUUCAAAUUAAGGAAAUGGUUUGGUUUUGAUUCA